UUCUGUCCAUAACAAAGAUGGCGGCGGAGAGUAAUGUGCGGGCGCAGGCGGAUGACGCAAUGUACUGGCGGCCUCGUUCCUGCAGUCAGAGCCGCUUUCCCACAGCAAACAUGGCGACAGGAGCUUCUUCUAUCUCUGACCUCAGCGGCUGAUGCGGGAAGUUUAAACGUACGGGAGCAGUUAGUGCAGAGCCAGAGACCCCCGAGUCCCCGACCCUUCUGCUCAGGCGGAGCCUCCUGUAGGGACAAUCAAUGGCUCCUCCCCCCACAUGAUCCACAUGGAACAUUCCGGCUCCUCCCAGUUCUUCAGUCCCACGAGCGAGAGGAAUAAGGGCCCCCGACCCCGGGACUGACAUGGAGCCGACCCUCAGUUGCCCCCGGCCAGUGACGGCCCCUGUGGAUUAUUAUUGAGCCCCCGGGGAGACGAUGCAGCAGAUAAAGAAACAGCCCCCAUUGGGGGGACCAUCAGGUUCUGGGGCGAGUCUGUCAAACAUUCUGUUUGGGGGUCUGACUAAUAAAGAAAAUGGCAGAAGCAGUAAAGGGGCCCCUACAGUCAGAGGGGUUUUAGGGCCCCACAACAGCCGCAAACGCAACCGCCCAACAUCAUCUUCCAGUCCGGGCAGUGAAGGUUCCACAAGUCCUUCUUCUCCCAAACGGGGGCCCGGGGGAAGGCAGAUCCGUAACAGACCCCGACCUCAAACCUCUCGGACAUCACAAAAACGGCAGCGCUCGGAGUCAGGACACAGCACUGAGGCCAUACACAAUGCCAGCGGGCACAGAGACUUCAUCUUAUUUAGCCCCGCCCAUCAGGCCUCCAUAUUGGGCAAACAGAAGGGCCAAGAGCCCCAGGUGUCACGGGCCAAUCUGUCAGUUUCGGUGCUCACCCCUCCCACUGGGCUGGAACGAUCUCUGCUGGACAACAGCCGCUUCAAUGACAGUGUCUGCGCCAGCGGCCUGGGGCCCCACAUGGCUCUUCCUGAUGCCCUUGCAGACAAACUGAUGCUGGCAAGUUGGGGGCUCCCCAAAACCAUCUUGGACAAAUAUGGCAGCCUGGGGGUGACACAGAUGUUUGAGUGGCAGGCGGAGUGUCUGAUGCUGGGGCAGGUGCUGGAGGGGAGGAACCUGGUGUAUUCUGCCCCCACGAGCGCAGGGAAGACGUUGGUUGCGGAGCUGCUGAUAUUGAAGCGAGUGUUAGAGACUCGGAGGAAAGCUUUGUUCAUCCUUCCCUUUGUGUCUGUGGCCAAGGAAAAAACCUUUUAUUUACAGAACCUGUUCCAGGAGGUGGGAGUGAAAGUGGAUGGAUACAUGGGAAGUUCGUCCCCAGCUGGCGGUUUCUCCUCUCUGGAUGUGGCAGUUUGCACCAUAGAGAAAGCCAACGGCCUGGUCAACCGGCUCAUUGAAGAAAAUAAAAUUGAAUUAUUAGGGAUGAUGGUUGUGGACGAGCUGCACAUGUUGGGAGAUUCUCAUCGCGGUUACUUGCUGGAACUGUUACUCACUAAGGUCCGAUAUGUCACCCAGAAAAGGGCCUGGGGCAGGAAGCCUGGCGCAGAGGUGGGAGGGUUGGGGAAUGAUGUGCAGAUUGUGGGCAUGAGUGCCACCCUUCCCAACCUCAGUCUACUGGCCACGUGGCUCGAUGCCGAGCUCUAUCAUACAGACUUCCGCCCGGUGCCCCUCCUGGAGAGGGUGAAGAUUGGCAAAACUGUGUAUGACUGCAACAUGGUCGCUGUGCGAGAGUUUGAGCCAUUGUUACACGUGAAGGGAGACGAUGAUCACAUAGUGAGUCUGUGCUACGAGACUGUUCAUGGGGGCCAUUCUAUCUUAAUCUUCUGUCCCUCCAAAAACUGGUGCGAGAAGCUGGCGGACACCAUUGCCCGGGAGUUCUACAACCUGUUCCGCAGAGCUGAGCAGCAACAGCAACAACAGCAGGGGGCAGCGGGUGGGAGCGACUCCUCUGUAUCUCCGGUGGUGUUGGACAGAGAUGGGAUUCGGGAUGUGAUGGACCAGUUAAAACGAUCUCCGGCCGGGCUGGAUACUGUUCUGGGUCGCACGGUUCCGUGGGGAGUGGCUUUUCAUCACGCUGGGCUGACGUUUGAUGAGCGGGAUAUCAUUGAAGGAGCUUUUCGCCAGGGAUUUGUCCGUGUCUUGGCCGCCACUUCCACCCUCUCCUCUGGCGUUAAUCUUCCCGCUCGGAGGGUCAUCAUCAGAAGCCCUCUAUUCAAUGGCCGACUGCUGGACAUACUGACCUACAAGCAGAUGGCUGGGAGGGCCGGAAGGAAGGGUGUGGACACAGAAGGGGAGAGUAUUCUCGUGUGCAAAAACCCAGAGAGGACAAAGGGCAUCGACCUACUCCAGGGGUCACUGAAACCCGUCCAGAGCUGCCUGCUGAAAAAGGAGGGGGUCGGAGUGACUGGCAGCAUGAUCCGAGCGAUACUGGAGAUCAUAGUUGGCGGAGUGGCAGACACCCCGGAAGAUGUUAAGAUCUACGCCUCUUGCACCCUCCUGGCGGCCAGCAUGAAGCAGGGAGAGGGGGCCCAGGAGGCAGAGCAUGGAGGGGGCGCUAUUGAGGCCUGUGUGGAGUGGCUGCUGAGGAAUGAAUUUAUACAGAUCUUGGAGGAAGACCGGGACGGGGCAAAAGCUGAGGUUUAUCGUCCAACCAAACUUGGGGCCGCAACGCUCUCCUCCUCUCUCUCUCCCUCUGAGGCGCUGGGGAUAUUCGCUGAUCUGCAGAGGGCAAUGAAGGGGUUUGUUCUGGAAAAUGACCUGCACAUCCUUUAUCUGGUCACCCCUGUAUAUGAGGAAUGGACCACAAUAGACUGGUACCAGUUCUUCUGUCUCUGGGAAAAGCUGCCCAUCUCCAUGAAGCGAGUGGCAGAGCUGGUGGGCAUAGAGGAAGGUUUCCUGGCACGCUCGGUAAAUGGCAAAAUAGUGGCCAAGAACGACCGGCAGCACCGGCAGAUUGCCAUCCACAGAAGGUUUUUCACCAGUCUUGUCCUCCUGGAUUUAAUCAGUGAGGUUUCUUUGAAUGAGCUCACAAAGAAAUAUGGCUGCAGCCGCGGGCAGCUCCAGUCCCUCCAGCAGUCAUCAGCCACCUAUGCGGGUAUGGUGACGGUGUUUAGCAACCGCCUGGGCUGGCACAACAUGGAGCUGCUGCUGUCCCAGUUCCAGAGCCGCCUGACCUUCGGGAUUCAGAGGGAACUCUGUGAUCUGGUCCGUGUGGACUUGCUGAACGCCCAGAGGGCCAGGGCCCUGUACAACUCCGGCUUCGUCACUGUCGCUGAGUUGGCGCGGGGAAAUGUCAUCGAGGUGGAGACUGCCCUAAAGAACGCGGUGCCCUUUAAGAGUGUUCGCAGAGCGGUGGAUGAGGAAGAAGAGGCAGCUGAGGAGCGUAGGGCAGCCCGGUGCAUUUGGAUACCCGGCCGGAAAGGACUGACCGAAAGAGAAGCUGCGCAACUCAUUGUGCACGAGGCCAGGAGACUCCUAAAGCACGACUUGGCCAUGAUUGGAAUCCAGUGGAAUCCGGAGUCAAGCUUGGAAUCUUCCUCAGACUCUGGCAGAGGCUCUGCUAAUGAUUCUGGGGUAGCACAAAAUGCUGUGAUUUCACCAGGAAAGAAUGCACGGAUGAACCCUGAACCUCAGGGGCAGCAGAACAAGACAAAUGAGCCGUAUUUACUUAACUCGGAGAGAAGAGAAGAGUCCGUAAAAUCUGACUGCGUAGGAGACCGGCCUCAGAGUAAGACUUCUACAGAGGCCACACUUACAGACACUGUGGAACUUCUUCCCCAACCUACUGUUGCCCCAAAGGAAUCUCCAGACAAUAUAAUGAAGUCCCACGGAGAUACCGUUGCAAAGCCAGAAGCUGUGGCCUCUAAUCCCAACGCAGUUCACCCUGGGAAUGAAAGAUCAACAUGUUUGGCCUCCUCACGUGUAAUGAACAUUAAGAUGAAUCCCCCCGAGCAACAAAACUCAGUGGAGGUCCCAUGUAGAGUAGACUCCAAUAUCGACAAUAACAAUGAAGUGGAAGAGUUUCCGUCCAUAAUAAUGGCCAACGAUGAGCAGCCAUUAGUAAAUAGAGAUUCCACACAAAAGGGAGAUUCCAUCUCCUCAGGGGAAAGACUUGAGCAGGAUCAGCCUUCAAAUUGCUCCGUGAAUAAAAUAGACACAAUAAAAAGUGUCUCCUUGGGGAAUUCAAACUGGAAGAAAGAUGGAAAGUCUUCUGCAAAGUCCCUCAUGUUACAAAGUGAGGCUGCUGUGGGGGAUCCAGUGCCUUUAGAGGCAACAAAUCUACAAAUCCAUGUUCCCAGCAUUCCGGAUGCCACAGGCUUUCCAGAUCUGUCCGUGGCAUCGAAGACGUUUGAAGACAGUUUGCAGCUUGAUACCCAGACUGAGGAGUUAAUAGAACAGCAGGUGGUGGCUCAAACCAUUAGGCUACAGGGAAACAGGAAUGUGGGACUGGAGACAAAGAUGGAAGGGAACGCAAAGAUGGAGAUCUCUGAGAGAGAGAAUAUGGCUGACGCUCUUCUGCUUAUAAAUACUUCACAUAUUAAGGUUGUGCCAACUGAACCAACUAGAGAAAUUCAGUUAAAUGAGGUCCAAAUUGGAAGCCCUACAGAAAACUUCCUUAGUCAACAAUGUGUGCUGUUUGGCAGCCCAGAACUGUCGCCCUUAGUUAUUCCUCCAGAACACAGAGAGACUUCCCUCACUGAUACUCAACUGCAAAGCUUCUUCCAAGCUUUUCCUUCACAGGCUGCUAAAGAACAGAGGCAGGUAUCCCUACAAAGCAAGGAUGCCCCAUUGCCUGUCACUGAUCAGAUGGGUGAAACAAGUCUCAACAUGAGUGACAGUUUCCUAUUUGAUAGCUUUAAUGAUGAUCUGGUGGUGGAUCCUAAACAAGAAGAACCCAAGAAGCCCACAGAACAAAUGACCAGCCUAGAGACAUUAUUAGAACACAAUACUAGAGCGGACCCGGAACAGAAUCAGGCCCUUUGUGGGAAUGUGUCCAUAAUGUUCUCCCAGCUGGAUUCAUUCCAGAUUGUGGAAGUUCUAGAUAAUGCAGAACAUUCUUCCUCACAAUACAGAAACACUGCACAAACAAAUCCCCCAAAUCAAACUGACAGAGGGAACCAGGAGGAUCCAGAAAAGAAUCCAGAAAAGGCAGAAGAGAGAAUAAGUCUGUUGGAAUGGUCUGAUACAUCCUUUAACUUGAGUCAGGGCCUGCAGGAUGUUCUAGAUCAGUGGCCAAGUCCAUCAGGCAACGUCAGCAGGAAAACCUCCUCUGUGAAAGUUAUGCCUGUUGCUGACAGCAGGGAAUCCUUGCCGCACCAUAGCGAGUCUGAGCCAAUUUGUUCUAAACACGCCCCGGACCAUGAUCUGGAAUUUCUAGAAAACAACCAGUCUCUUCUAGACAGUCUGAAUUCUUCCCCUGUUGCUUUGCCUGGAAACAAGAGAGAUUCUGAUUCCCGACCAGGCAGCAGGAACGACCUUGUGCCUCCGACUCCACCUGCAGAGAGUCAGACAGGGAGGCUGAUGGGAAUGUCCUCUAUAAAGUCUGCUGCUAAGAAGCCAAGAGUGGAGUCUUUGAGAAGCGCAGCUUGGAUGGAGAUUGAAAUGGCUGAUGACUUGUUGGAUGCCCAAGCUGAAGGAUCUGACUUUGGUCCAAGGGUCUUUCCUGGGUCUGAAUGUUCUAGAGACACGUCUGUGAUAGACAAAGGCUUCACCUUGCAGCUCUCUCAGGACUCUGCCGCAGUAUUCCCUUCCAGCUCUGGGGGGUUCAGCAUCAUUGAUGUGGCCAGUGAUCAAACUCUCUUUCAAACCUUCUUAAAGGAAUGGAAAAGCCAGAGCAGGUUCUCCAUGUCCUUGGCCUGUGAGCGGAGGAAGCAGCCGCCAUCAUCCAACGUGUGUAUUGGAGGGCGCUUUAAGCAAGUGAGAUCCCCACAGCGCCCCAAGGUUGUGGACGAUGGGCUGCCUAUUAAGGGACUGGACGAUAUUUUGCUGGUGGGUCUGGCAGUGUGCUGGGGGGGGAAGGAUGCCUAUUACAUCUCCCUGCAGAAGGAACAGGAUCAGACGGAUAUUUGCUCCAGCCUGGCCCCUCCCCCUCUGGACCAGACCCUGUCAGUGAAGGACCGACUGUGGCAUCUCCAGUCCACCCUGCAGAAGACGGGCCCAUGGGGCAGCCGUCCCACCAUCAUCCUGUACAACUUCAUAGAGCAGUACAAGGCCUUGCUCCUGGCAUGCCGAAUCUCAGUCACCGGUCACUUCGCAGAUCCUAAGGUGGCUUGCUGGUUGUUGGACCCGGGAUCCAAGGAGCGAACUCUUCAUAACAUGGUAACAAACUUCUUGCCCUAUGAGCUUCCUCUGUUAGACGGUGUGGGGACGGGUCAGGGGGUGCAGAGCCUGGGGCUGAGUGCCAACAGUGACCAGACGGGGCGCUAUAGAGCUGCCAUUGAAGCAGUCGUUGUCUUCAGUACCAUGAAUGCACUGACCUCCUUACUGGAGACGGAAAAGCUAUGGGAUGUCUUCCAUAACGUAGAGAUGCCCACUCAGUACUGCUUGGCGCUGCUGGAGUUGAAUGGCAUCGGAUUCAGCACAGAAGAGUGUGAGACCCAGAAACACAUCAUGCAGGCCAAGCUCAAUGAGAUCGAGGCCGUAGCCUACCAGUUGGCCGGGCACAGCUUCUCUCUGACCAGCCAUGAUGACGUUGCCCAGGUCCUGUUCAUAGAACUGAAACUCCCUCCCAAUGGUGAUCUGAAAGGCCAAGGAAAUAAGAAGACCCUGGGUUACACCAGGAGACCAGCAGUCAAUGGCACCAGGGUCCGGCCAGGCAAGCAGUUCAGUACAGCAAAGGACAUUUUAGAGAAAUUAAAACUGCUACACCCACUGCCGGGUCUAAUCCUUGAGUGGAAGCGAAUCACCAAUGCAAUGACCAAAGUGGUGUUUCCACUGCAGAGGGAGAAGAUUCUGAACCCCAAUCUGGGAAUGGAGCGAAUCUACCCAAUAUCUCAGACUCACACGGCCACAGGCCGUGUAAGUUUCACAGAGCCCAACAUCCAGAACAUACCAAAAGAUUUUGAAAUAGAAAUGCCCCGAUUGGUUGGUGAGAGUCCGCCUUCCCAGGCACCGGGUCCAACUGCUUUUCCUUAUAGGAACAGGAGGAAGAAGCCUCAGGCCAACACUCCGGGCCCCAAACUGCCAGUUGAACAAAUCCCGGCAGAGAAGGGUCUGAAGUUCUUUGUCAGCAUGCGCCACGCAUUUGUGCCGUUUCCAGGGGGGCUAAUAUUGGCAGCGGAUUACUCCCAGUUAGAGCUGCGGAUUCUCGCCCACUUGUCCCGUGAUCGUCGCCUCAUUCACGUUCUAAACGGCGGCUCCGACGUGUUCAAGAGCAUCGCUGCCGAGUGGAAAAUGAUCGACCCUGAAACUGUCACUGACGAUGUCCGGCAACAGGCCAAGCAGAUCUGCUAUGGAAUCAUUUAUGGGAUGGGAGCCAAGUCACUGGGAGAGCAGAUGGGCAUUGAGGAGAAUGAUGCCGCCUGUUAUAUUGACACUUUCAAGGCCAGAUACACAGGAAUUCAGAAGUUCCUGAAGGAAACGGUGAGGAAUUGUGCCCGGGACGGCUUUGUGAAGACACUUUUGGGCAGACGCAGGUACCUUCCUGCCAUCAAGGACUCCAACCCCUACGCCAAAUCACACGCUGAGCGUCAAGCAGUUAACAGCACAGUACAGGGAUCAGCAGCUGAUAUAGUGAAAACUGCCACCGUAAACAUUCAGAAGCGCCUGGAGGAGACUUUCCGUUCUGCACCAAAAUCCCAUGAACACCCCGUCCAGGCCAGUGGCACAGGAAGGUCAGAGAGACUCCGCAAUCGUCCUCCUCCCACCCGAGGAGCCUUCUUCAUCCUGCAGCUCCAUGAUGAGCUCUUGUAUGAGGCCGCUGAAGAUGAUGCCAUCCAGGUGGCACAAAUUAUAAAGAAGGAGAUGGAAAGUGCAAUAAAAUUAUCUGUUAAGCUGAAAGUGAAAGUCAAAAUUGGGCCCAGCUGGGGAGAUCUGCAAGAUUUUGACUUGUAGGAGGCCAGAGGGUUUCUCUCACAUGGACACUUGAAUACUUGAACACGUAAUGCAAACCUGCUGCUGUUACACCUUGAUGUGGAGAUUUGAGCUUGGUUGAUUCUGAAUUACUUUGAUGCUGCUACAGACUCUGCAUUCGGAAACUUCUUUUAUUCUGUUCUAUUGUGCAUGUGUGUAUGUGUGUGUGUAUAUAUAAUAUAUAUGAAUGAGCUCCAUAAGGUCGUGAGGCUGAAGACAUGGAAUGACCCGUGGCUGGGGGUCGGGUUGUCUGCCUAGAGACUGAUGGGAAGAAGCGGUUUUAUUUAUAGACUAAAUAAUUUAUCUCCACUCUCAAAUGAAUUAUAUAAGAUAUAUGAAAUGACUAGUGACCAAGUGAGAAUAUAUUGAAUUAAAUGUUCCAAACAAUGAAAUGAA